AUGGUUGACAUAUUUAAAUCUGCUUUCGAUGCAUUUGGUUCACGUUUUAAUUCUGCACCGAAAAGCGAUUUUACCGGACAAAUUGUGGAUGUUGGUACAAUUCGAUUACGAAUUGGAAAUCAAAUCGCCGAAGGAGGCUAUGCACUUGUAUUUCUAGCUUAUGAUAUCAAAACAAAUAAGGAAUAUGCACUUAAACGUUUAUUUGCCGCCGAUGAUGCUGCGAAUAAAGUAAUUGCACAAGAAAUUGCAUUUUUGCAAAAAUUAAAAGGUCAUCCAAAUAUCGUUGGUUAUGUAGCUGCUGCCUCUAAUCAAGAUACUACAUUGCGACGAACAGAAUAUUUACUUUUGACUGAAUACUGUUCAGGCGGUCGAUUAUAUGAACGUACCGUAAAUCGUCAAAAACCAUUUGAUCCAGAACAGGUGAUUCAAAUAUUUUAUCAAAUAGCGCGAGCCGUACAACAUAUGCAUCAACAAUCACCACCGAUUAUUCAUAGAGAUUUAAAAGUUGAAAAUUGUUUAAUAUCGGCAUCUGGUUUCAUUCAACUAUGUGAUUUUGGCUCAGCUACAACAAAAACGUAUCAACCUGAUGAAACAUGGUCUACAAAGAAACGUGAAUAUGUUGAAGAUGAAAUGACAAAAGUAACAACGCCAAUGUAUCGUGCACCAGAAAUGUUAGACACUUAUUCAAAUUAUCCUAUCAAUGAACAAGUCGACAUUUGGGCAUUAGGUUGUUUAUUGUACUACAUUUGUUACAUUCAACAUCCAUUUGAAGAUUCAGCAAAAUUAAGAAUAUUGAAUGCUAAAUACACAAUACCGGCGACAGAUACAAAAUAUAUCGUGUUACAUGAUCUGAUAAAAAUGAUGUUACAAAUUGAUCCAAGACAACGUCCAACAAUUCAACAGCUCGUUGAGUCUAUAGAAGAUUUGGCUAUUGGUAACGAUAUUGGACUGAAUGAACCGUUGAAAUUUUUAUUUAUUAUGACGAACGAAUCAGUUUCAGCAACAUCACAAGCCCUACCUCAACAUUAUUCGAGUAAUUCAUUUGCAUCAAAUGUUUUUUCAUCGUCUGCUGUUAUCAACAGUUCGCCAUCGUCCGUAUCUUCAAAUCAAAAAACUACUUCCUCUCCUCCAUCUGCAUCUUCUAUUCAAACUCAAGCUCCAAAUCAAUUAUUAUCAUCGUUAAAAGGAACUGGAAAGUCAUGGAUGAAAAAUUUACUUGAUACAUCAUCAAAAGUUAUUACUGACGUGAAACAGUCAUUAGCCACUAAUGCACAAACGACUCGUGCCGGUGGUCAAUUUGAAGUUGAUCUUAGUUAUAUAACAUCACGUCUAAUUGUAAUGGCCACCCCUCGUGAGACUGUUGAUUUAGCUGGCAAACAAUCGGUUGAAUUAAUUCGUGAUUUUCUCGAUACAAAACAUCAGGAAAAUUAUCGACUUUAUUCUGUAGAAAAACGUCGAGUUAGCUACAGAAAAGAAGUAUUUCACGAUAGAGUUGUCGAAUAUACAUGUUUUGACGAUAAAUUGAGUCCAAAACUAUCGGAUUUAAUCAAGUUCUGCUAUCAUGUAACCAAUUAUCUCUUAGAAUUUCAAUCAAAUGUAGUCGUAUUACAUUGCGCUGAUGGUCGUAACCAAUCUGCACUAUGUUCAUGUGCUUUACUGGCGUAUCAUGGAGUAUUUUCAACGGUUGAUCAAUGUGUAAGAUAUUUUGAAACAAAAAGAUGUGCACAUCCAAUGUUAUCGUAUUCACAAAAAAGAUAUAUCCAGUAUUUUUGUGAUUUGUCACACGGUAUUAUCGAACGACCACAUUUAUUAGAUAUCAAUUUAAAAACAAUUAAUCUAUCACCUGUACCAACGUUCAAUAGGGAAAGAAAUGGUUGUCGUCCGUACGUUGAUAUUUAUAAUACUGAACAAAAGAAAAUCUUUUCUACAUAUCAAGAUCCAAGUCGAAUAAGAUUAUUUUCCACCACGGACGGUGUUUGUUUAUUACCAAUUGGUUUUACAUUUAAUGGUGACAUUUCCAUUCAUAUAUCACAUGCACCAGUGGGGAUAUCACUAUCAGCACAUGAUGGUGGUAUUCGUAUAUGUGAAUUAUCUUUGAAUUCUAAUUUUUGUUCAUCGAAUCAUGCUGAACUAUCAUAUUCAAGAUAUGAAUUAGAUGGUUGUGAUGCGACCGAGAAAUAUCCGCCAUCAUUUCGUGUUUCCUUAGAUACAUUAGGGGUGAAAAAACAGCAGCAGACAGAACAACAAGAUCAACAACUUCAAGAGUAUUUAGGGACUACAUAUAAAAAACCCAAUUGUUUAUUUCAAGAUAGAAAUGAAUACCAACAAACGAUCGAUGACUACGGUGAUUCACAUCCUGCGCACAUACCUAAUGAUGAGAGUACUAGUCAAGUUAUUUACCGUUCUCCAAAAUUAAACAUAAAUGAGGAACCAUCUUCUCCACACAGCAACAAAGGUUCACCGACAAUAACACAACAAGUACGCGCAUCGGUCUCACCCCAAUCGCCAGGUUCUUUUGUUAAUCCUCGACAUAGUGCACAGCCAUCAACACCUAGCGAAAUAUCAGGCAGCAGUGGUAUUGCCCAACGGCCAAAAUCAGCACAAAUUCACUCAUCAACAAUGACCAAUCCAUUUCAAACAAUGAAUACUAUAGAACAAAAACCACUAUUUGAGCCGGCUGUUGGCACCUUGCUGGAUUUCGAUCAACCUGCAUCUCAACCACUACCAUCAUCUGUCGAAAAUGAAACGAUUUCACCAUCUAUAUUUCCCGCAGCAGAGUUAGUAGAAUCACAACACAAACAAGAUAUUUUUGAACGCUCAGUAUCAUCAACGGUCUCUGAAUCAACAACGUCAGAUGAUGGUUUCGAUAUAUUUACUCUUAGCACUAGUUCUACAACAUCAUUACCCCCAAUACAAUCCGAACAAGUUCAAAAUGAACUACUUGGUUUCGAUUUUAGUGGAUUUAGUGGUAGUGGUGAAAAAUUAUCCACACCAAAUACGCCAACAAAUCAAAGACGCAAUAUUAAUCGUGUCCCAUCACCCAUGAAUGUACCAUUUGCAUCUGCCUCACUUCAGCAACCAACAUUAAGUCGUAAUGCUUCUUCAACAAAUUCAUUUUCAACUUUGCGAACAACACAAGAAACGGCAAAUCAGCAACAACGCUCAUCUUCAAAUCAACAAAUCAACCUUGAUAUAUAUGAUCCAUUUGCUUUCUUGAAUAUAACACAGUCACAAGCAAAAACAGCUAGUCAAGAUAAUAUGUUCUCACAGCAACAACAACAACAAACAAAACCGCAAAUGACAACGGGUAUAACAACAGCUAAAUCACAGCAACCACCAACUCCGGUAAGUGCCGAAAUACGCGGUCCAAAUUAUAAUAUCAAUAUGACGAAUACAUCAGCACAUCAGAAUGUUAAUAAAUCAUCUGCUCCACCAUCUCGUCCUCAACAAUCCACGAAUAUAGAUGACCUUGUUAAAGGUUUGGGUGGUAAAGAUUUUGGCGCAAAAAGUACUGUAGCAAGUAUUAAAGAAUUAAGAAACGUUGAUUUAACAAAAAAUAUUGAUCCAACAGUAUUAAGAGUUCGUGAGUGGACAGAAGGUAAAAAGAAGAAUAUUCGUGCACUACUGUGUUCACUGAAAGAUGUCGUAUGGGAAGAUUGUAAAUGGCAAGGAUGUCAAAUGCAUGAGUUAUUAACGCCAGAUCAAGUCAAAAAAGUUUAUAGAAAAGCCGUUAUCUAUAUACAUCCGGAUAAGUUGCAAGAUGAUCCAAAUAAAGAUUUAGCUCGUAUGAUAUUUGUUGAACUAAAUGAAGCAUGGGCUCAAUUUGAACAAGAAGGACAAAAGUCAUUAUUAUCUUGA